AUGAACAUUGGCACCGAAAAAGUCAUUAGUAUCGUUCAACGGCAGGUCACUAGUAUCGUUCAGCAACAAGUCAGUAGUAUCAUACAGGAGCAGGUCAUGGCCAUCGUUGAAAAGCAGCUAUCCGGUAUUCACCAGUCGAGCCCGAACCCAUCGUAUGCCGACGUUGCGCGUACGCCGCCCGGCAGCCACCCCAGUAACCUGAAGACAAUCUUCAACCAGACAACCCCUUUAACUUUCACGGAUACGUUGCACUGCACCGUGGACGUGUCUAAUGUGGAAGAGGCGGAAUGGAAGCGAGCGCAAGGAAAAUCAGACAAUUGA